GGUGGCUGCUGCAGCCUCCGCUGCCGGUUCGGGCCACACUGCCUGCCGCCGGCGAUGCUCCAGCGGCCCGGGCAGCCAUGGAGGCCGAGGCCGGCGGCCUGGAGGAGCUGACGGACGAGGAGAUGGCGGCUCUGGGCAAGGAGGAGCUGGUGCGGCGGCUGCGGCGGGAGGAGGCGGCGCGCCUGGCGGCCCUGGUGCAGCGCGGCCGCCUGAUGCAGGAGGUGAACCGGCAGCUGCAGGGUCACCUGGGCGAGAUCCGCGAACUCAAGCAGCUGAACCGGCGUCUGCAGGCUGAGAACCGCGAGCUGCGCGACCUCUGCUGCUUCCUGGACUCGGAGCGCCAGCGCGGCCGGCGCGCCGCUCGCCAGUGGCAGCUGUUCGGGACCCAGGCAUCCCGGGCCGUGCGCGAGGACCUGGGCGGCUGUUGGCAGAAGCUGGCCGAGCUGGAGGGACGCCAGGAGGAGCUGCUGCGGGAGAACCUGGCGCUGAAGGAGCUCUGCCUGGCGCUGGGCGAGGAGUGGGGGCCCCGCAGCGGUCCUGGCGGAGCGGGGGGCCCCGGGGCCGCGCCGACCCCUGAGCUCGCCCUGCCCCCCUGCGGCCCCCGAGACCUGGGCGAUGGAAGCUCCAGCACGGGCAGCGUGGGCAGCCCCGAUCAGUUGCCCCUGGCCUGCUCCCCCGAGGACUGAGGGAGCUGCUUCCUCCUCGCCGACGCCCGCCCGGCUUGCGUCCGGAGCACCUGGGCACCGCUGCGGACCUCAGGGCCUGGAUGCCAGCCCCGACUGCGCCCCGAGAUGAACCCCAGCGUCCAGGAGGAGGGUCCCCCGCGCUCGCUGGCGGGGCAGCGGGGGGACUGGAGGCUGCAGCCGACGGGCUGGCUUGGGGCUGGGCGGGGGGCUAAUAAACCGGCACGGAAGUGGA